GUACUCUAUAAAAUUGCUCAAAAAUGGUGGAUAGUCUUUGCUUAAACAAUGAACGGUGCAGAUAACACAUACAAAGCCGAGAAAAUCCUCUGAAAAACACUCAUCAAAAUCACGCUCUCUCUCUCUCUCUCUCUCGCACCCCUCUUCUAAAGCGUCCGAUCUCUCUCUCCGAAAAAAAAAUAAUAAAAAUAAAUAAAUAAAUUCCAUCAAUCAAUCAUCUCUCGACGCGCGCCAAAUAUAAAUCUAUAUAUAUCCUUCGACUUUCUCUCUCUUCCGCUAGGGUUCCGGCGACGAUGGCCGAUUCUCCGGCGAGUCCCGCCGGCGGGAGCCACGAGAGCGGUGGUGACCAGAGCCCUCGCUCCAACGUUCGCGAGCAGGACAGGUACCUUCCGAUCGCCAACAUCAGUCGGAUCAUGAAGAAGGCGUUGCCCGCGAACGGAAAGAUAGCCAAGGAUGCCAAGGACACGAUCCAAGAAUGCGUUUCGGAGUUCAUCAGUUUUAUCACCAGCGAGGCGAGUGAUAAAUGUCAAAAAGAGAAGAGGAAGACGAUUAAUGGCGAUGAUUUGCUGUGGGCAAUGGCAACAUUAGGUUUUGAAGAUUAUAUUGAUCCGCUCAAGGUGUACCUAGCUAGGUACAGAGAGGUAAUUUCUACUUGUUUGAUUUUUUGUAUUGGUUAUUUGAUUUGACAUCAUACAAGCAAACAUAUAUUUUUAAAAUUUUACUCUUAUUUUGGUUUUGACAAAAGUGAGUUAAAGACCGUGAAGGAAAGGAAAAAUUAAGUUGUUGAUUUUUAUUUAAUAUUGAAGCUUGUUAGUUGUAUUACCCACUGUUGGUGGGUGGAGGUUUAGAAUUUGUUUUUGCCUUCUGACAUUUUAUUUGCAACCAAAUCAAGUACUAACUUAUAUUUUAUGUUUAAUUUGUCUUUGAUUUACACGAUUCUUGUGAGUUUAAUCUAACACAUCGAUUUUCCUUUUUGGUCCUGAUAAUUUUGUGAAACGACGAAUAUGUCACAGUUAGAGGGUGAAACUCGGGGGUCUGCUAGGGGCGGGGAUGGAUCCGCCAAGAGGGAUGCAGCUGGAGCUCUGCUUGCCCCAAAUGCACAGCUUGCUCAUCAAGGUUCAUUUCCUCAAGGCAUGAACUAUGUGAAUUCCCAGUGACAUGGACAACAUCUAGUUGUCUCUCACACAUCCAACGCAGCAAGUUGGGAUUUCCGACAUCGUAUUUGCUGAUUCCGUUAUUCGAAAUUAUAUUUAUGGUAGCUGCUGCUCAACACCAGUGACGUCUUAUUCAAUCCAAAGCACUUUAAUUUAAUCUUUAAUGAUCAGGGGAUUCCAAUUCUGGGUUCUUUGUAGUUGUGAUAGAUACGGGGACAGAUAUUUAAAUUAUCCCAUCAGUCGAACAUCUGAAAUGGUGUUGAUAAGAAACAGCUAUUUUUUUACAUUUUGUCUUGGCAGAGCAAGAUCUGCUGUCACAUUUCAUUUGUGAUUUGUGCAACAGAUGAGAAGCUGCAAUUAUGUCUUUUCAUGCUGGUGUUGUUAUCACGAGUCAUACCCGUGCCAAUGCCAGUUUUGAAGAUUUACAUGAUUUUCCCCUAUA